UGCGCAUCUCAAUAAUAUAAUUGUAUAAUGUUUGUUGUGAAGUCUGAACUGAACUUCAUAAGAAAAAACAUUGCCAACGACGACUAGCUUUCCAUUCAUCAUAUCGCCAGUGAAAGUAAAACCUGAACUUCAUUCCUGGCCGUACUAAUGGCGGAGGCUGCUGUAGAGUUUCUUCUGGAAAAACUGUCAUCGUUGAUCGUUUCAGAGUACUCACUGCUGGGAGGGCUCAAAGAAGACGCAGAAGACAUCAAGAAUGCUUUGGAUCGUCUAAAGGCGGGUUUGAGAGUUGCAGACGAGAUGGAAGAAAUUGAUUCUCAAGCUCAAGCCUGGGUGAAGAUAGUCCGGGAGCUGGCUUAUGACACCGAAGAUGUUCUUGACGAAUUCCUGUUCCGAUUUGGAGGUGGCCAGACCGGUGGAGGAUUCUACGCUAAAAUCAACAACAUAUACACUUCCCUCAAGAACUUGAAAGCCCGGCGAAGGCUUGCUCUUUCACUGCAAAGGAUCAAGGCCAAACUCAACGACAACUCCCAGUAUCAGCCAAGCUUCCCUACAACCUCUACGGGGACUACUAUUCACGCCCACAACAAAAGGCCGUAUGAUAGUAGAGGGGAUGCUCGUUUGGUAGAAGAGUCGGAUCUGGUAGGUAUUCACUAUCCAAAGCAAUAUCUUGUUAAUCUCUUACUUGCUAACGAUGAGGAGUUGAAGGUUCAUGCUGUAGUGGGCACUGGGGGAUUGGGAAAGACGACUUUGGUUAAACAAGCAUACGAUGAUGCGGAAGUAAAAAAUCACUUUCAGUAUCGUGUGUGGGUAACAGUUUCUGAAACGUUCGAGAUUAAGGAGUUGUUGAAAGAUGCAAUUAAGCAAUUUGUGCAGCAAACUAAGCAAGGUCUUCCUCUGGACUUUGAAGCCAUGAGCUCUACUGGAUUGAAAGAAUUUGUCAAGGAGAAUCUUUCGGGUCGAAGAUAUAUCAUUGUUUUCGACGACAUAUGGGGCAUUAAUGCUUGGAUGGAAAUCAAAUGUGUUCUUCCCAAACAGGCUUUUGGUAGCCGUGUAGUUAUCACGACGCGGAAUAGCGAAUUAGGUGCCCAAGCAUGUCAUGAUACCCGUGGUGUUGUAUACUCUUUAAAGCAUUUGUCUCCUGAAGAUUCUUCGACUUUGUUUUGCAGAAAGACAUUCUUAUGUGAUUCAUGUCCGCAACACUUGGUUAAUAUCACCACAAACAUCUUAAAUAGAUGUUGUGGUUUACCCCUAGCGAUUGUGGUGAUUGCGGGGGUGUUGGCCACAAAGACUGAGGACAUUGAAGAAUGUGAAAGAUUCCAGCAAAGCCUCAACUUCCAAUUAGUAGAAGGCAAUGACACGAUGAAGAACAUGAAGAAUAUACUUUCUCUCAGUUACUAUGAUUUACCAUAUUAUUUAAAGUAUUGUUUUUUGUACUUGUGCAUCUUCCCAGAGGAUUUCAUCAUCCAAAGAAUGCAAGUGGUUCGACUGUGGAUUGCAGAAGGAUUUGUUAGAGAGAACAACGGACAAGUAAAAGGAAAAAUCGCUGAAGCCUAUCUUGAUGAAUUAAUUCAUCGAAACUUAAUCCAAAUUGAAAGAAAAACUAGAAUUGAAAAGAUUAAGGGUUUCCGAGUGCAUGACAUUUUACGAGAAGUUGUUCUUUCUAAGUCAGUGGAGCAAAACUUUGCAACCAUUGCUAAUGGACGAAACAUAGAAUCGUCCAACAAGUUUCGACGCCUAGCAAUCCAUAAAUUUGAUGACCAAAUUCUAAAGAGCACUUCAUCAAAAAAGCAUCUUCAUUCCUUAUUGGUCAUCAAACCCCUUUCAACCUUGAAUGUGCUACUUUUGUUAUCAAAGUUCUUCACGGGAAGUUAUUAUAAUCCUCUAAAGGUCUUGGAUUUAGGCAAUUCUCAACUAGAGGAAAUCCCAGAGCAAGUUUUUAACUUGUUUCAACUGAAGUAUUUGAGUUUAAGGGGUACAAAGUUGAGAAGCGUUCCUAAGUCUAUUGGAUGCCUUCAAAAUUUAGAGACACUUGAUUUGAGGUACACUCAUGUGAAUGAGUUACCAGCUGAGCUCUCAAAACUAUGUAAACUUCGACAUCUCCUCUGUUACUCGAAUUCUCUUGGGUGUUAUGAUCUUUGGAGUUGGAGUAUUGAUGGUGAAAUACCAAGCUUUAAUGCUCUAUUUAAGGUUGGGGAAUUAUUGUUUUUACAAAAGUUGUGUCAUAUACAAGCAAACGAUACUACCGGGGAGAAAGUAGUGUCUGAGAUAGGAAAGCUAACACAACUAACAAGACUAGGAGUUACUAAGCUGAGACAAGAAGAUUGCAUAGAAUUAUGUUCGUCCUUGAAAAAGUUGACAAAUCUUUGCUCUUUAGAUCUUUGUUUGGCUUCAGAAGAUGAGAUCCUUGAUAUUACACUUGAUCUUCCUCUUCGUCUUCAUCAAUUAAAAUUAACAAUUCUUUUUCUUGUGAAGUCUUAUGAAGGGGAAGGAUUGUGCUUCAAGGCCGAAAAGUUCUCAAAGCUCAAGUUCCUGUAUAUCUCUGGGUUUCCGGCACUAAAAUGGAUAACAAUGGAGGAAGGUUCAUUGCGUCAUCUCGAAACGUUUUCGGUGCGUAAUUGCGAACUGCUUGAACAGGUGCCAGUAGGUAUUGAAUAUUUGUCUAAUCUUAAGGACAUUCAUUUCCAUGAAUUGGCUGACAAAUUGAUGGAAACUUUAGAGCCAAAUGGUAAAUACUAUGCAAAAAUAUCUCGCAUCCCAAGCAUUUACACUUCCAAGUUGAUACAUGGUAAGCAGACAUUUUUUCUUAAUGGUCAGAAAUUGUAGUAUUUGUUAAUGGUCAUGUAAGUUGUGUUAGUUUUUAAUUAAUUAAUAAGGUGUUAGUU